UAAAGCAUUAGACCAGCGAAGCCGAGCACAAGUCCAAAACCACUUCCCCUCCGUCUCCUCCUUUCUCUCUCGGAAGUCAAAACCGCAGAGACAUUCUAGUCUCAUGGACUCCAACGCCUCGCCGCCCAUCCUCCCCCUCUCCGCCGGCCAGCCCGCCGCCUCUUCCGCCGCCGGCGCCGCCUCCACCGCCCCGAUCUCAACCCCAGCCUUCCGCCGCGUCAUCUCCCGCCUCUCCGACUCCACCCGCCGCUCCCUCUCCAACCGCCGUCCCUGGUCGGAGCUCAUCGACCGCUCCGCCUUCUCCCGGCCGGACUCGGUCUCCGAGGCCACUUCCCGCGUCCGCAAGAAUCUGUCCUACUUCCGUGUCAACUACCUCACACUCCUCGCCGCCGUCCUCGCCCUCUCCCUCCUUUCCCACCCCUUCUCCCUCCUCGUCCUCCUCUCCCUGCUCGGCGCCUGGUGCUUCCUCUACCUCUUCCGCCCCGCCGAUCCCCCGCUUGUCAUCCUCGGCCGCACCUUUUCUGACCGCGAGACCCUCGGCGCCCUCGUCCUCCUCACCGUCUUCGUCGUCUUUCUCACCUCCGUCGGAUCUCUCCUCAUCUCCGCCCUCAUGGUCGGCGCUGCCAUCGUGGCCGUCCACGGUGCCUUCCGCGUGCCGGAGGACCUCUUCCUUGACGACCAGGAGCCAGGCGGUGCCGGCUCAGGCUUGCUGUCCUUCCUUGGCGGAGCCGCCGUCUCCGCCGGCCCUGCUGUUGGCGUCUGAUCUGGAUCUGACGGUUGUCUCCGUUGCGAUCGUUGAGGUUUGUAACUUAGGUUAUCCCCUUCUCUUCCCCUUACCUUCUAUUGAUGCUUUGGUAGGUAGGAGAAGAUAUUCUUGGAUAACUAGGGUUUAAUUAAUAUUAUAAAUUAGAUCGGGAGAGAUUUACGACUCUGGAUUCAUGUAACUAUUUUUGGAUGAUCAAUGCUUACAAGUUGUUCUCUCAAUGUAUCAGUGGCUUUGUUUCAGAUCUAUGGAAGAAUCUUUGCUGAUUUUAAUUGCAUUUAUUCUUUUGUUA